CAUCGCGACCGCGCAAAUUCGCGUAUGUUUUCUGUUGGGUUGGAACUCACAUUGCGCUUUGUUUGGAUACGACCUCCUCGUCGAAUACGAUAGUGCAAUUCUUGAAGCGCCGCUAGCAUCGCCUUUGUCGAUUUCUAUUCUUACAUUUUAAUAAUCCGAUUUACUGAAGCGCGAUACUUGAAGUCAACUGAAGUUUGCCUUUUUCGCAAUUUUACGGCAGCUCGCCGCAAAUAAAUAAACAGCAGAACCGAACAGCUCGCGCUUCAUUACACACCGACUUCUUGACUAUGGGUCAAUGACGGAUGUGGGCAGCUCGCCAACAAUUAUCUGUCCAUGUCCUCCGACAUCUCUCCUCAGGGCUCAAAUGCGACUUCACCAGCAGCAUCGAUGUCGCCGGCUGCGCAGAGAGCGGCCUCACCGUUUGAUGAUGGCCGCUCGAGCAAUGCCAGUCGGGCACCCUCAAGCCAGGACCCAUACUACUCCAACGAAGACAUCGCUGCGCUGCACGCGGUAGUCGUUGCUGCCCAGGAAUUACUCGACUCAGCGCCUGAACCGAAACCUCUCCCUGCUGCUGCGCUCUUCAAGGCAUACGACGUCGUGCUCCCGACCUAUGGAAUUGACCCCGAUUCAGACCACCACUUGUCGACUUUUGUCUUCCGCGUAGGCGGUGAGCGAGGCGAUGGCAACUUACUUGACAAGUUCCAAGCUAUCCUCGGUCGAAUGGGAAUCGUUUUAGAGUUUGGAGAUAAUACUACUGCGUCGCCGCGAACUUCAGCCUCUACAUCUCCCGCAGUAUCUUCAUCGAGUCGCCAAAGCCAUGCCAUCUCGCGCCAGCAAACAACUCCACAAAAAGGCCUACAAAACGGCCAUGCCACGACUGGACCGAGAGUCCCACAAUCACCAUCUUCACCUUCACCGUCACCGUCACCAUCACCAUCACCAUCAGUCUCUCCACCAGAAUCGCAACCUCACCACCAAGAUGAAUUGGAAUUUUCCGAGACCGACGAGGAGGAGGUCGGCGCAUACGAGGAAAUGCGAAAGGCGGUUGUCUCUUCAGCCAUGAACCGCUGGCGCUCUCUCGUUGCGAGCCGUCGAGCACAACCUGCACAGCGGAUCCCGUCUUUUCCAAGCAUUCCCGAAGAAGCUUCAGUCGAUGUGAGGAAUUUUGAAGCCGAAGCUCAACCUUUUCAAGAUCGACCAGCAGUGACCGGACAUCAAACAGUGACGUCUUCACAAGUCAAUGGACUCGAGCCACACAGUCAAACUUCGCUCAAAGACCCAACAGAUAUGCAGACAAGGCCAGUUUCCGCUCAGUCAUUUAUGCAUCGACCCGUUUUUGUCCUUGGUAAUGCCAUACGAUCUACGACUUCUCUAAUUCACGGGAAUGCGCCGCAAGAAGAGCACUUUGACGAGCCAUCGCGCCACGACGACGAUGAUGAUGAAUUACCUCACAGCCCAGUUGAGGAGCCUCCACAGCAACCUGAAGAGCCUGAAGAACUCGACGAACCUGAAGCAGAACCAUCUCAACAUACACAGAUCCAAAAUCCACCAGAAUUCCAUUCUCCAACCACAGGGGCUCGAUCUAACACUGUAACUAACAACGAAGGUACAAUUGUUCAUCAUCCUGUAACCCAAGAGCGCGCUAGAAAUACAGCAUUCCAACACGAACAACCCGCUGAAGAAGGCCCUUUGACACCUGAGCAGCAAAUUGAUUCGGAAAGAGAACAAAGCCGGCUCCUCAAACAGGCUGCCAGAGCUCGUGAGAUCUACCUCGCAAGCAAGGUCUUCAACCAUUGGGCCGACCGCACCGCACGUCGUCUGGAACGAGACGCCGUCGCAAGACGACAUAUGAUACGAUUCCGCUAUUUCCGAUCAUGGAGUCAAGCCCCUGCACUCCGUGAGCCUACCACCGACCACAUGAGGGCAGCCGUGGUUGUGAAGAAGUGGCAACGCAUCGUCACCCAAGAGAAAAGUCUACAGGCCAUUGCGAGAGCAGCUGCCGGGGCUUACGAGCUGAGAAGAGUCCAGCGAGUCCUUGAUAUAUGGUCUUGUCACCGGCUCGAACACCUCGGCCGUCAAAUGACAGCUUCGCGUAGUAGGACACGAGCCAUGUCAAAGUGGCUGUCACAGGCUUCUCAUGACAAAGCUCUCAAUCAAGCCAUACGGACCCAAACGACUUUGCGACUCCAAUCGGAUGCCAUUUACAAAUGGCAGGGCAUUUCAAAAAAUGAAAGCCAACUAUAUAACACUGCCAGGAGAAUUGGAGAUAUUCAGCACUCGUUCACAUAUCUACGAGAAUGGUGGGAUCAAGCUGAGAUCAGUCGAAGGGCAGUCGGGUACCGCCAGCGAUUGAUGAUUGAGAAGGCAAAUCUUGCUUUCGAUGAGUGGAACUUGAGGGCAAGAGCCCAGGCAUUCCAGUGGAGGCGCGAGUAUCUUCAAGUGGCGCGAGUCUUCGACCGAUGGUUCCAAUGCACCGAACAGGAUGCGGACAUGGGCCGAAGAGCAGAAGAGUUUUAUGAGGAGCAAGCAAAAUCCAAGGUUGUAAGGACUUUCAGGCAAUUUAAGCGUGAUUCGUCACACAUAGCACGCUUGGGAGAUCGAGCUCAACUUUAUCUCGGAGCUACUAGAUUGUUGCAAGUCUUCGAUCGAGCGAUUAAAAGUCGUAGGGACCAAGACAAGCAGCAGGUCAAGAGGUAUUUAAUGGCUAGGUAUACCCAAGUCUCUUCUGCUCGAAAGAAACGCAAUUUCUUUGCUGCUAUCGAUCGAUGGAGAGUAUUGGCGACGGAGGAUCGGGCACGGGGCGACUUGAUACAAGAGUUGCGAGCCCAUAAAGAUACCCAAAAGGUUAUCCUAAUUACUGAUACAUGGAAACGCCAAGCGGACAUUGACCAAAGACGCAUGCAAGAAGCUAAACUGCAACAUGCAGAGGGAUGGUUAGAAGCAUGGAAAGUGUACACCGUCGACCUUGAGCAGCGGGAUACAGAUGCCUGGCAGCUUUGGGCAGCUGAUAAGCAACGGCAGUCCCUCAAGUCCUGGUCAAUUGCAUCGUUACAACAAAGUGGACAGGGUCACACAGCAAUUGAAGUUCAAAGGAAGCACGAACGCGAAAGGCGUAACCGCGUAUUGCAAUACUGGCGUCAACGGGACGAUAGAAUCCGGGCCAUGGCUCCUGGAUCUCGCCCACAACCACAAUCGGUGCCGGCUGCAUGGCCACGCGGAAGUUGGCGAGCGUUGUCUGGGAGGCGGUCACUGGCCAGUCGCAACGAUAGGGGCUUUGAUUACUCCAGUACACCGCUUGAGACACCGACUAGAUGGACUGGGCAGCCAUUCUCCAUGUCGACUAUGAUGCCACCAGGAUCCAUGGCUCCGCUUCGAGAGGCGGAUGAGAAUGAUGAGGCGUUUUCGCUAGCUGGCGAUGAAGAUGAUGAGCUACCAGCCUCGCCAUCUUUGAGACCUGCUUCGCGAGGACCUGGCCAGUUCUCGGGUCUACCAUCAACGACUCCGAUGGCACCAGUCCCGUCGCAUCUAGAGCAAGAUAACCAGCGUCGUGGCCCCGAGUUUGACCAGGACCUCGCAAGCACAGCAGGGCCCAGCCGACCUGAGCCCUCACGGCGGCCAGUAGUCGCGAGAUCUUUUGGGACUAGGCCUCCAAAUGGACGUACAAUUGGACCUUUGCCUUCGUCGCCGGAGCCAAACUCCCCAGUCGUAAACAGCAAAUCCGUGGGCGCGAGACCAUCUGCCACACAAUUUGGACUUCCGCGACAAACCACUACUAAAUUUACGCCAGCAACAAGAUCCGUGCGUGUUCAAUCACCAAGAACACUAUCGGCUACACCACAGUCUCGGCCACCAGGAGUGCCGAGAGGCGAUCAGCUGCGUGGCCGUAGAUGCGCGCAAAUUGUUCUCCUUAAUAGCAUGAAGGCCGUCUUGCCGGGCAACCCGCGCUCGAGGCUCCAAGGGCUUGCCUCGGGUUACUGGGACUCGCGACACAUCAAUGUAUACAUCACAGGCAGCGCCUUUGCGAUUUUGGAAGGAUCCCACGGGAUUCUACAGACAGUCUACGAUGAAGGCGAACAACCGCUAGAAGCUAUCGCAUUCGACGAAGCGACAGGCAAGAUCGCUACUUGCACAUUGACCCAAGUCCGUGUGUACAAGCCAUUCGGGUCGCGCGAAGACACUCUGAAGUGGGCUCUGGAAUCGACCUUGGACGUUCCCUAUCCAAACCCCGACGACGUGCCGUGUACAUUAUCCUGGGGCAGCUCCGAAGAGCUUUUGUUGGGUACACAGUACCUGUCCCUUUUCGAUACCAAGACCGAACCGAGGUGUCUCUGGCAAAAGAAGCUGCCGAGCAUCGCUAAAUAUGCCUUACUGUCGUACGAUUCGAGAUACAUCGCCACAUCCAGCCAUCAUGACCACUUGAUCAAGGUCUGGAGGAGACUCAACUUUGGUGCUGACGAAGUCCGGUUUGAUCUCACUUACCUUCGACACCCGAAUAUUAUAACAUCUGUGAGAUGGCGUAGACCAUUCCACGUUGAGCAGGCCUCCGACAAUGUUCUAUACACCACAUGUCUCGAUAAAUGCAUACGAGUUUGGACACCUACCGAUACACCUGACGGGAAGCAUUGGCAGCUAUGGGGCCAGGUGGAUCUUUGCGCGCCAUCGCAAGAGAACCCGGAGGGCUUGGAUAUGCGCUUCGCUCUGGUUCUAGACGGACGAGACUUCACGGCUUCUGUCGAACAAGCUGUUCAGGCUCGAAUGUCUGACGACUCGACUACCGACGACCCCGUUGCCCUUGAUCAUCUAGUCGCAGUCGCGACCAAGAAUCCGGAAAUCUGUAUAGCUCUUGAUGGGAAGGGCAUCAUGUCGGCAUGGGCGCUCGAGAAUGUUGGUAGUAGUACCGCGAAUUCACCAACCCUUUUCAAGGUGGCUCAGGUCAAGGAUGUCCAUUUCGAGCUCCUCGGUAACUUUCUUCCGGUUCAAGACACGCCUCAUACAGAGAUACAAACGUAUUGCGAUAAGGAGAGUGGUAAGGUUCACUUUAUGUUGCAUGCAUUUGAUGGAAGGAUAGGCGUGUUUACUGGAAGCGUUGCCGACCUCUUUGAUCCCAUGACCAAUGAUCGACGUCUCGCCCCUCAAACAAUCUGGUCUGGACAUUCAACUUCGAUUACCAAGAUUGUCCGAAAUUUCAGCGGGCGAGCGGUGGUCUCUCGAACCAGAGAUGGUGAAAGUAUCGUGUGGAAACAUAUUUUGAGCCCACGGGACAAGUCAGGCCUGACCUUGACACGAGGGAGCGUUAUCCCAGAGAAGGGUCACAUACAUCGUAUAUGUGUUCUGAGAAAGGGACGCUUUGUGGUUUUCCUCCGUCAUGACACAUUUUCGCUCUGGGAUUGCAGGACAAGUCGAGCUACUGCCCUCUCUCAAUGUGACUACCAGGUGUCAGGGAAGCCGCUGUGCCUCAUCAUUCUGCCUCGAUCAGAUGUCAAGAACUACACCGUUGCUCAUAUUGCGACGAUAACGUCAGAAGGACACGGUAUCGUAUGGGAGGUCCAACUACCUCGCUACUUUGAUGACCCAAAGACAACAGCCGGAGCCAAUGUUGAGGAACUGUGUCGCUUUGAAAUCAAGGACAUAAAGAGUCUGGCCUAUGUGUUGCCAGUUGAUCCUGCCGGUUCGCAGCCUAUUGUCUCGGGCUUUCUCGAUAUAUUCGCUCGUGAUGUCGCCAUUUCCUAUACACAUACAGGCCGUGUGGACUUUUGGACUGCACGAGUUGACCCUGAACAGCGAAGCGUUGGGUGGCUAUCGACGUGUACCACAGAGACGGGAGUGUCAGAGCCAGCACUCGUCAGUGGCAGUACAUUGAAGAAAGCUGCUCUGGUGAAUUCGUCGCGAUCGCAAUUGACAAUUUGGGACAUCGGUGGUGCGCGUCUCGAAUAUGAAAAUAACUUCCAAGAGCACCAGGUGAUUCAAGAUCUUGACUGGACAUCAACACCUGAUGGCCAGUCUAUUCUCGCCGUUGGUUUUCCUUACCGAAUCAUCCUCCUCUCUCAGAUGCGAUUCGAUUAUCUCAACAAGGGCCCGGCGUGGGCACAAAUUCGUGAGAUCAGCAUUCGAGAACUCACACCUCACCCGAUUGGAGACUCAACUUGGCUGGGUGAUGGCCACUUGGUUAUUGGUGCCGGUAACCAGAUGUUUGUGCAGGACAGGCACGUCGGAAUCUCCGAGUCUAUGAAGACGGAUCUGCGUCUUCCUCUCCGAAAAGAUGGCAAACUAGACUUAUUCCAGGUUGUUCAAAGAUUCAACGGCCCCUUACCAGUCUUCCAUCCACAGUUUCUCAUGCAAUGCAUUCUUUCAGGGAAGGCGACCCUCGUUAGACGCAUUUUGGUGGCUUUGCAUAAGACCUUGAAAUACCACAUUAACGGCGAAACACUGGAUGACUACCUGGGAAUGGACUUGAGCGAAUUCUACAUGCCCGAGCAAAGUCACACUUUAGCUGUUGACAAGUCUUCUGGGGCCUACCUGAAUGGAAACAACACGGGUGAGACUGAUGACGAGGACAUAUUCACUGAGCAGACCGCGGUAUCGAUCAACGAGAAGCUCGUCAAGAUCGAUAUCAUCCAGCUCUCAGGACACGAACAAAUCCAACUUGCUGAUAUCAUUGAAUGCGUUGCCCUUGUUGAGCGACAUCGGCGGUCGAUGGACGAGAACGGUGCCCGAUUCAUGCUGCUGUUCCGUCAGCACGCCCUCCGCAAAGGACGCACCAACGAGAUGCACCUCUCAUGGCGUGAAAUCAACUGGGCUUUCCACUCCAACAGCCAAGAUAUUCUGGUUGACUUUGUAUCGCGGCAGAACCAUGGUAGUAUGCUUUGGGAACAUGCUCGUGAAAGUGGCCUGUUCAUGUGGCUCACUGAUCCUACUGCAUUGAAAGCUCAAUUCGAACUGAUCGCCAGAAACGAGUACACAAAGAAUGAGGUCAAAAACCCGGUUGACUGCAGUCUCUACUACCUCGCACUCCGGAAGAAGACUGUCCUCCAAGGUCUAUGGAGAAUGGCGAACUGGAACAAGGAGCAGGCAACCACUCAACGCUUAUUGGCAAACAAUUUUGAAGACCCAAAAUGGAGAUCGGCAGCCCUCAAGAAUGCCUAUGCCUUGCUUAGUAGGCGGCGAUUCGAGUAUGCUGCGGCAUUCUUCCUUCUUGCGGACCACCUUCACGAUGCUGUUCAGGUUUGUCUGAAUCAACUGAAAGACAUGCAAUUAGCCAUCACAAUAUCGCGCGUCUAUGAAGGCGAUGACGGCCCUGUCUUGCGCCGACUUCUUCAAGAUACAGUGCUCCCACUAGCAGCGCAGGAGGGUAAUCGAUGGCUGGCUGCAUGGGCCUUCUGGAUGCUCGGCCGCAAAGAUGUGGCCGUACGAGCACUUAUUACACCGGUGUAUACUCUUUUGGAAACACCUUGUUCACCUGACAUCAAGUCUCGAUUGUUUUUGACUGAUGACCCUGCCUUGGUUGUCCUUUACUCACAUUUACGUCACCAGACUCUGCAAACUUUGAGGGGAGCAUCUAAGAUUACUCCCAAAGUCGAGUGGGAGUUUGUGCUGCACAGUGCCAAGCUAUAUGACAGAAUGGGAUGCGAUCUUUUGGGAUUGGAUAUAGUACGUAAUUGGGAAUUCCAACAGUCACCUGGAGCAACUGGCCUCGGCGGAGAGGUCAACCCUCUGAAGCUGCUUCGCCGGAGAAGCUCUUUGGUGGUUGCCGACUUGCCUUCACCAACUCUUAAAUUUGACUCCCACCGGGAGAACAAGAAGACGGUCAAACCACCACCGACGACAUUUGAAGAACCAGACGCUGGCUCUCUGCUCGACAGUUUCGGCUUCUAAUGGGGUUGUUGAGUUGUGGUAUUGAAGAGGCGGCGAUGUGUGUGAAUUACUCAUUGGUGAGCUUCAUGUAAGGUACGCUGAAGCUCAUGUAUGGCUUUUUCAUGGCAAGGCAGUGGAGUUAAGGCUGGGAAGAGUUGAUUCGUAGAGCUAUGCUGCAAACACAAUAGCAAGUAUAGGUAGUUAAUAUUUCAGUAGUACUAAAAGUAUCUCUACUUGGAAGGCAUUUAUUAUCUUAUGAGGUCCCGUCGAUGCGAUGGUAGAUACCUAAAUUAACC